AUGGCGAAUGUAGAUGGGUCUUAUGAGGAUCAGUUAUACAUAGAGCUAUGGAAAGCUUGUGCAGGUCCAUUGGUGGAGGUUCCUCGUGCUGAAGAAAGAGUUUUCUACUUCCCUCAGGGUCACAUGGAACAACUUGUAGCAUCGACUAACCAAGGAAUUGAAUCAGACCAAAUACCUGAUUUUAAUCUUCCUAACAAGAUACUUUGUCGAGUUCUUAGUGUCAUGUUAAAGGCGGAGCAUGAAACAGAUGAAGUUUACGCUCAGAUCACAUUACAACCAGAGGAAGAUCAAAGUGAACCUACAAGUCUUGAUCCACCUCUCGUUGAACCAACAAAACAAGAGUUCCAUUCUUUUGUUAAGAUUCUUACAGCUUCAGACACAAGCACUCAUGGUGGAUUCUCUGUUCUUCGUAAACACGCCACUGAGUGUUUACCUGCUUUGGACAUGACACAAGUUACUCCUACUCAAGAGCUUGUCACUAGAGAUCUUCAUGGGUUUGAAUGGAGGUUUAAACAUAUAUUCAGAGGACAACCUAGGAGGCAUCUGCUUACAACGGGUUGGAGUACAUUUGUAUCCUCGAAAAGACUUGUAGCUGGAGAUGCUUUUGUGUUCUUGAGGGGUGAGAAUGGGGAUUUACGAGUUGGAGUGAGGCGAUUAGCUCGGCAUCAAAGCACGAUGCCUACUUCGGUUAUCUCAAGUCAGAGCAUGCAUUUAGGAGUUCUUGCUACAGCUUCUCAUGCUGUGUCUACAAAAACACUCUUUGUUGUGUUUUACAAGCCUAGGAUAAGUCAAUUCAUAGUAGGAGUGAACAAGUAUAUGGAAGCUAUGAAGCAUGGAUUUUCUCUCGGUAUCCGAUUCAGAAUGAGAUUUGAAGGAGAAGAGUCUCCUGAGAGAAUAUUUACGGGUACGAUUGUGGGUACUGGAGAUCUGUCUACACAAUGGCCAGCUUCUAAAUGGAGAUCAUUGCAGGUCCAAUGGGAUGAUCCAACAACAGUUCAGAGACCAGACAAAGUCUCACCAUGGGAGAUUGAGCCUGUCUCGCCAACUUCCCCUGUCUCAACACCUGCUCAACAACCACAACCGAAGUGCAAGCGGUCAAGACCCAUCGAGUUAUCGGUUUUAACUCCAGCUCCACCUAGUUUCAUGUACAGCUUCCCUCAGAGCCAAGAGCAGACCAAUGCAUCCCUUAAACUGUUUCAAGAUCCAUCGGUUGAGAGAAACAACAGCUUCAAAGCUGAGACUCCUCCUCCUUCGCUUCCUCCCGCAAGUUCUUGCUGUAGAUUGUUUGGAUUUGAUCUCACAAGCAAUCUUCCUGCUACAAUUCCUCUAGACAAGCAACCGGUCGAUACCUCUGGAGCUGCCAAGUGUCAAGAACCCAUCACUCCAAGCUCAGUUAAUGAGCAGAAGAAGCAACAAACAUCAAGGACUCGAACUAAAGUACAAAUGCAAGGGAUUGCGGUUGGUCGUGCGGUUGAUUUAACAUUGUUGAAAUCAUACGAGGAGUUGAUUGAUGAGCUAGAGAAGAUGUUUGAGAUCCAAGGACAGCUUCUUCCUCGAGAGAAAUGGAUCGUUGUCUUCACCGAUGAUGAAGGAGACAUGAUGCUUGCUGGUGAUGAUCCAUGGAAUGAGUUUUGCAAGAUGGCGAAGAAGAUAUUUAUAUAUUCGAGCGAUGAGGUUAAGAAAAUGACAACGAAACUGAAGAUUUCUUCGUCGUUAGAGAAUGAAGAAGGUAAUGAUUAUUGA